UUGUCCUCGCCGGUAACUGUGUGGACAGUGUAUUCCAUUCCUCAUUAAUGCCUAAUGAUUAAUGAAUAAUAUUUAACUUUGAACGAGCCGUUUGAAGCACUCGGGCAGAGAAAGGAAGCCAAUUUCCCGGUCAGAGGACUCACUGGCAUUCUUUCCUUCAAUACCCUUCAUUUCUCAAGGCAAAAAAAAAGAGGGCGAGACGGGAGAGGCGGUGAUACAACAUGGAUGAGGAAUAUGAUGUGAUCGUUUUGGGCACCGGACUCACAGAAUGCAUUCUGUCUGGGAUCAUGUCUGUCAAUGGGAAAAAGGUUCUGCACAUGGACAGGAACCCCUACUAUGGUGGGGAGAGCUCUUCCAUCACCCCCCUGGAGGAGCUGUACAAGCGCUUCAAUCUCCCAGAUAGCCCACCUGAGUCAAUGGGCAGAGGAAGAGACUGGAACGUUGACCUCAUCCCCAAGUUUCUCAUGGCCAAUGGUCAGCUUGUGAAGAUGCUGCUAUACACAGAAGUGACACGGUACCUUGACUUUAAAGUAGUGGAGGGAAGCUUUGUUUACAAAGGAGGGAAGAUCUACAAGGUGCCGUCAACCGAGACUGAGGCACUAGCUUCAAAUCUGAUGGGGAUGUUUGAGAAACGAAGGUUCCGCAAGUUCUUAGUCUUUGUGGCCAAUUUUGAUGAGAAUGACCCGAAGACCUUUGAGGGCGUGGACCCCAAAACCACAACGAUGAGGGAUGUUUACAAGAAGUUUGACCUCGGCCAGGAUGUCAUUGACUUCACCGGCCACGCCCUGGCCCUCUACAGGACAGAUGACUAUCUUGAUGUCCCCUGUUUGGACACGAUCAACCGUAUCAAACUGUACAGUGAAUCACUGGCACGGUACGGAAAGAGCCCCUAUCUCUACCCCCUGUAUGGUCUGGGAGAGCUGCCACAGGGAUUUGCCAGGUUGAGUGCAAUCUAUGGAGGAACUUACAUGCUGAACAAACCAGUGGAUGAGAUCGUGAUGGAAGGUGGACAUGUGAUUGGAGUGAAGUCUGAGGGCGAGGUGGCUCGUUGUAAGCAGCUCAUCUGUGACCCCAGCUACAUCCCGGACCGUGUCCGUAAGGCAGGUCAGGUGAUCCGCGUGAUCUGCAUCCUCAGCCACCCCAUCAAAAACACUAACGAUGCCAACUCCUGCCAGAUCAUCAUUCCUCAGAAUCAGGUUAACCGCAACUCAGACAUCUACGUGUGCAUGAUCUCCUAUGCUCACAACGUGGCAGCCCAGGGGAAGUACAUUGCCAUUGUCAGCACCACAGUGGAAACCAGCGAGCCGGAGGCUGAGAUCGAACCGGCCCUGGAGCUGCUGGAGCCCAUCGACCAAAAGUUUGUGGCUAUUAGCGACCUUUACGAGCCCACAGAUGAUGGUACUGAGAGUCAGGUCUUCGGCUCACGGUCCUACGAUGCCACCACCCACUUCGAGACCACUUGCAACGACAUCAAGGACAUCUACAAACGCAUGACCGGGAGCGACUUUGACUUUGAGAACAUGAAACGCAAACAGAACGACGUGUUUGGGGAGGAUGAGCAGUGAGCGGUAGAAGGGGCCUCCGAGAGAGGGCGGGGCCGGAGGAGGAGGCGGGGCGAAAAGGGGGCGAAACAGGUGGCAGAGCCAGCGGCAGAGGGCCGGGGCUGCCUGAGCAGUGCUUGAAAAACAAAUGGGUAGGGGUAAAGAUAAAGAGAAAUGUGAGUGUGGCGAAGGGGGUGUUAUUUCUGGGCUCUGCCUGCCCCAAGCCCUUUGCCUCCUUUUCCUUACGUCCCUCUCUCGCUUGACACACGUUCAAACACAUAAAUGCUCACAAACACAAACAUACACGCUGUUCAAAUACUCACACUCCCUAUCUGUCACUGAAAAGCAGGGUUGAUAUGGUCUUUCAUUCCAUUGUAGAAUUUACAGUAUAAUCAUGUCUUAACUAUUAUAAUUAGAGGUGAAUUUAUUACUUGUUGUUGGCGAUUUUCAAAGCAUUUCAUUCUUUCUGUAAUGUCUUUCUCCUCAUAUCAGAGUUUGGGGUGGACGGACGUUCGACGGCAUUGCGAGGGCUGAAUUGCGAGCUCUGACAUGAGAGAUCUCUAAUGGCUUAGUGUAGAAUCCUCUGGAAGGGUCACCUCCAGUUGACAUGCAUGCAUCUUUUACACACAGUAGUAUUGUACAUAGACUCAAACGACACUGCGGUAUGAAGGCUGGACCAUUCCACGCAUCGCUCCUGUCAACCCUGCUUUCACUUUUCUCUUACUUGGUCUUUUACCUGUGUUACUUCAAUAGACGCCGCUCCUUUUGGCAAAAUCUGUCGGUCGGGCAAAAAAAAAAAAUGUGAUGAAAAGUUACAUAUAAAUGGGCUGUUCUGUCAACUGAUAGUGCUCACUUUGCAAUGCUGUUGUGUUCCCUGUGCUAGCAGGCAAGCUAACCAGUGGCUAUUAAUUGUCACCCCCCCCCCUCC